UUAAUGAGAGUUAUCUCCCAUGAUACCAGAACCCCCCUUAUUUUAUAUUUUUAAUUUUAUCGCGGUCUGACAACCGCAUGCAUGUGGUUUCUGCAGUGUUCAUUGCUGGAAAUUAUUUUCAAUUGUUGACAUAUAUGACAUUGCUGAAUGGAGUUUAGGAGAGGCAGAGGGGGAUUCUCCUCGAGGGGAAGGGGUGUUUUCACGGAGAAAAACAGCGACUGGGAUUCGGGAGAUGGCAGAGGCGGCAAUGAAAAUUCUUUUGAACAACGCAGGCCCAAAAGAAAUCAAAAUACCAACAAUAAUAGUUCUUGGCGUGAACAUAAUGAUGGAGGGUUUGACAGAAGAAAUGAUGACGUAAACAGACGGUCAUUUGGGAAUGAUUUUGAUGACACUGGCAGAAUUAAAAGUGAAAGUGCCAGAUUUGACAGGCCACAGCCACAGGGAGAAACAAUGACAAUUUAUGUUCCACAGGACAAAGUGGGAAAAGUAAUAGGCAAAGGAGGAUCAAAGAUACGUGAACUGGAAGAAAGUACUGGUGCCAGAAUAAAGGUUGAUUCCAGAAACAGUGAUCGAGAAGGUGAAGCUAAAGUAGAUAUAUCUGGAGAUGAAGAUGUUCGAAUGAAAGCGAAGGAAAUGAUAGAACAAAUCACAUCGCCAAAUUUCGGGAACUCAGAUGGAAGGUCAUUUGGAGGUGGUUUUGAAGCAAAUGAUGGUGGCUUCUGGGAUGAUGCUGAUGGGGGUGUUGGAGACAGCAGUGGCAGAAAUGAAAGUUUUGGUAACAGCAGUGGCAGAAGUGAUGGUUUUGGUGGUGGAGGUGGCAGGAGUGAAGGUUUUGGUAGUAGUGGUGGCAGAAGUGAAGGUUUCGGAAAUUCGAGACCUAGCAGAACUGAAAAUGACCGAGGAAGAUUUGACAGACCAUCAGGAGAAUCAAUGACAAUUUAUGUCCCAGAAGAUAAAGUGGGAAAAAUAAUAGGUAAAGGAGGAUCAAAGAUAAGAGAAUUAGAAGAAAGUAGUGGAGCCAGAAUAAAAGUUGAUACACGGAACAGUGAUAGAGAAGGAGAAGCAAAAGUUGUCAUCUCUGGUGAAGAAGAUGUGAGAAUUAAAGCUAAAGAAAUGGUUGAAGAGGUCAUGUCUUCCAAUUACGGUCGUAAUGAUUUUUAUACUAAGAAGAAUACAUCUGGAGCCUUUAUAUGGGGUAAAAACCAAGAAGCUAAGUUGAAAGCUGCAGCUGAUGAACCUCCACCUGCUGCUCCGACCAGAAAAAUUAACUGGAGUAUCAUCCGAGAAGAAUCUGAUAAAUUUGAGGCAGAAAAAUUUGCAGGUUUGCCAGAACUAAAGAAGAAUUUUUAUUUUGAACAUGUUGAAGUAACCAAUAUGUAUCCUGAAGAUGUUAGAAGAAUCAGGAAAGAAAAUAAUAAUAUAAUCGCUGAUGGUCCAAACCGUGUACCUAACCCAGUGGAAACAUUUGAACAAGCUUUUCAGCAUUAUCCCCAAGUAUUAGAACAAAUUGAAAAACAGGGUUUUGUUAAACCAUCCCCCAUCCAGUGUCAGGCGUGGCCUAUAUUAUUACAAGGUUUGGAUCUGAUAGGUAUAGCACAGACCGGAACAGGCAAGACUCUAGCCUUUCUCUUACCAGCCAUGUUACAUAUAGACGGUCAACCUUUACCAAGAGAUGAGAGAGGUGGACCAAAUGUUUUAAUUAUGGCCCCAACACGUGAGCUGGCUUUACAGAUAGAAACAGAAGUUAAAAAGAUUAAUUAUAAGGGAAUUAAAAGUGUGUGUGUAUAUGGAGGAGGUAAUCGUAGAGAUCAGAUUGGUGUUGUUACUAAAGGUGUUGAGAUUAUCGUAGCUACACCCGGCCGUCUGAAUGAUCUAAUUAUGAACAGUGUGAUAGAUGUUAGAAGUGUUACAUAUGUAGUUUUGGACGAGGCUGAUCGAAUGUUAGAUAUGGGAUUUGAACCUGAGAUCAGAAAGAUAUUAAUAGACAUCCGCAAAGAUAGACAAACUGUUAUGACCAGUGCUACAUGGCCAGCUAAUGUUCAACGAUUGGCUGAAAUGUAUAUGAAAGAUCCAUAUCAAGUUUUUGUUGGAACUCUUGACCUGGCUGCAUGUCAUAGUGUAACACAGAUUUGUGAAUUAGUUGAACCUGAAGAGAAAAAAGAUAUGCUUGUUGAUUUUAUUUCUUCCAUGGGUCCAACAGAUAAAGCCAUUGUGUUCGUUGGCAAAAAAGUUAUGGCAGAUGAUUUAUCUAGUGAUAUGGCAAUGAAUGGUAUUGAAGUUCAGUGUAUCCAUGGUGAUAGAGAACAGUGUGAUAGAGAACAAGCUUUAAUAGAAUUUAAAGACAGUUAUGUUAAGAUAUUGAUAGCAACUGAUGUUGCAUCUAGAGGACUGGACGUUCCUGAUAUAACACAUGUAUUUAAUUAUGAUUUUCCAAGAAGUAUUGAAGAGUAUGUCCAUCGUAUUGGUCGAACAGGCAGAGCUGGGAACACUGGUACAGCUAUAACAUUGAUAACUAGAGGAGACUGGAGACAAGCUCAGAAACUUAUAGACAUCAUGGCUGAGGCUGAUCAGGAAAUUCCUCAAUAUUUAGAAGAUAUGGCAGCCCGAUAUCGUCGCCAUUGUGAUAAAAUGGCUGAAGAACGGGAAUCACUUGGUGGUCGUGGUGGAGGACGAGGGGGUGGACGUGGAGGUAGAGGUGGGGGAAGAGGAUUCCGUGGUGGAGGAGGGUUUGGAGGUGGAGGAGGGUUUGGAGGAGGUAUGAUUGAUGAUUUUGGCGGAGGCGGUGGCAGUGAUAGACGUAAAAGAAAAGAGAAUAUACAUAGUGGCUGGUGAUGAUCAUGUGAUAUUACGUCGCGUGACUGUUAGUUUUGACUGCAUCACUUACUUUAUUUCUAUCAUUUUUGUUAAUAAGACUGCUUGAAUAUGAAAUUUGUGGGGAGACUUUUAAAAAAAGUUAAUAUGGCUAAAUAUUCAGAUCACCCCUGUCAAGACUGCUUGAAUGUGAAAUUUGAACGGAGACCUAAAUGAAAUGUUAAUGUGGUUAAAUAUUCAGAUCUCCCCUGUCUGUCGUCAACAAUUGUUGUUAGUGCAAGAGGCUAUAAUUCUGUUUCUUUCUAAAAAUUACAUUAGUUCUUUAUAACUCGUUGAAAUAAAGACGGCUAUCGAUUUUCAACUUUGAACGAUAACCACCUCCAGAAUUAAGCCGCUUAGUUGUGAAAUCUUGUAGACUGCAGUUAUUGUUCUCCAGGUCCUCCGGUUUUCUCCCACUGCUAAAGACCCCUACGUGCAAACAAAUUAUUGAAAUAAAUUUGAACCAUGUUACACCAGGAAUGACCUAGUUUGUGUCGAUUGGAUGUCUCACCCCACCUCUUAAAUACUGUAUUCAUGAAUUAUGAUUACCUCGUAAAUAGAUUUGAAGCAUUCAGGUUAAGAUAUUUCGUUUUGUUUUUUUAUACUUUCAAUGGCCUACAUUACAUGAAGAUCUGACCAGUUGUAGUCGGCUUUUGACCCUGUGACGUCAGACAUUGAUUAAUCAAUCAGCAUUGACGUUUCUAGUGGUUUACCCACAGUUCUGUGCAUCGCACGCUAAGAAGUCGCUGUAACAGAUGGUUUCAUUGGCUAAUCCCACACGCCAUCCAGAAGGCAGGUUAUAUAUUAACUUUCCAGAUCCUAGUGUAGAAAAGAAAAAUAAAACGAAAUUUUGAACUAUAAAAAUCGAAACGAAAUAGGAUCUGUGUUUUAAUCAGAUUGGUUUUGAAGCAUUCAAAUUACCAAGUACCCCUUUUGGUUGUUAAUUAUCCCAAUAAAAAGUUGCCCAAAAUACCAUGGUUACAAAUAACACCUUUCUCAUUUUAUUCCUUAGCUUGUGAUUGUUUGUUAUACAGAGAGAGAGAGAAAUGGGGUUUAACGUCCACUCGACACAAACCAGGUCAUUUCGGGACUAACACAUGGUUCAGUUUUAUUUCAAUAAUUCGUUUGUGCGUAGGGGUCUUUAGCAGUCGGAGGAAACCGGAGGACCCGGAGAAAACCCAUGAGGUUGGACAGGCAACCCUACUCCUUGUCAGUUGACUCAAUCACAGACCGUAUAAUACCGUGCUAACCAUUCGGCCAUCCAACCCCCCUUUAUUAUACAGAGUUGUCAAAAUAAACAGUUGACUACCAUACUGUGGUUAACCUCUUCCAAUUAUUUUUAUAAAACUGUUGGAAUGUGAAAUCUGAGAUUUAUACACUUUGUGUGAUACAGUUCAUGUAUUAUUUUAUAAAAUGGGAAUCUCAUUGUCUUAACAGUCUUUUCUGAUAUCAAAUAUAUCCACACAAGUCUGCCUAAUGCACAUCUUUUUGGGGGCUUUAAAUUUUAUAUAAAUUAUUAAUUACUCAUUUAUUCACAUAAAAACCCAUAAACAACUCUCUAGUCCAUCAGAUGGCUGUGAUAUUUAAUGGAUUAAACACUAUCGCCAUUGAAUAAUUUAACAUUAAAAUGGAUAAUCGAGACUUUGUUGAAUAUGAAAUCAAACAGUUGAACUCUACAACAUCCUAUGUAUUAGGCCAAAAUUCCACUAUAACACACUGCAUGGCAUAGCUUAUGCUCGCCUUCAUUAGCCCCUGUGGUGCAGGAAAGUAAGGCAUUAAAUUUCACCAUUUCAUUGUAUUCAUAUCAGAAUAGUUGAACUUUACUGAAAGAGUCACACCUUUUUCAUCCUUCAUGUAAAUUAGGGGCCCAAGUGGACUAGAUCUAAUUCUUAAGGCCAAAUCAAGAUUUUGUCAAGGUUGCUGAGAUGUAAAUAAGGUUACGGCAUGUGAUUGUUGGCGAGAUUUUAGGUUAGGGUUAGGGUAAGCAUUAGGACUAGGUCCAGGGUUAGGAUUGGGAUUAGUGCUAGCCCUGUUUACAUUUCAUGACCUUUGACCAAACUUGAAGUUGACCUUAAGAAAUAGAUCUAACCUCCCAAGUUGAACAAAUAUCAUGCAUUAGGCCACACCAAUUCACAAUUUUGUUUUUUGGAAACACCUACUGGUAUAAGAAUUUAGCUUUUUUCUGCUGAUGUUCUUCUCCAAAAGCUUUUAGUUCGAAAUGUUGUAAUUUUAAAUAAAGCAUUAUUCACAAGAUUUUUUGUCAAGACUCUGAAGAACUUGAAAUUUAUAUCAUUUUAGUUUCAAGUUUCAAAAUUAUAAGCAAAACAUUUCUCUCCCCCCCCCCCCCCCCCCGAGACUUGAGUAGCUAUCAAGAUAUUAUGGGAAAUAAUCACAGGUUUUAUUCUAAAAGCAUGACUUUUCGACAAGUAUCCUCUUAUCGUUAGCAAAGUGCUUUCUAACGAUAAGAGGAUACUUGCCGAAAUGCCGCGCUGGUAUAGUAAAACCAGAGAGCCACAGUGAAUAAGACGUUGACUUGCUAUCCCAGAGGUCUCAUGUUUGGUUGAGAAGUUCAUAAGGAUUUUCCGGCAUGGUUCCACUUAGUCAGUGAUGCAAGACAGGUCCUUGCAAGGGACAACAGAUAAUCAUUCGGAUGGGACUAGAAACCAAUGACCGGUGUGCACAUUAGCGUGUAUGUCAAGGAUCCCUUGGCAGUUGGAAUUCGAAAAAAAGUGUAGGCUGUAGUGCUGCUCUACAGGCAAAAUUUCCCUCAUAGCACACUGUCUGGCAUAUGCCCAGUCGGAGUAGGAUGUUAAACCCCAUUUCAUUUCACUUGUCGAAAUGUGGUACUUUUAGAAUAAAACCUGUAAUUUCCCCUAAAAAUUUGUGUUUUGUUGAUGUGUUAUCAAGAUGCCAAAGAAUUUAAAAUUGAAUUGGUUUGGCCUUGCAGAACUUUCAUUUUAUCAUUUGUACAUUAUUUCAUGUUUAUUAUUUUAUUAUUUGUUGAAGAUAAACAAAUAUUUUAUAUUG